GCGAUCGAGUAUUAUUAUUUUAUAGAAGCAAGUUAUAUUUUUCAACAAGUAUAGUAGUUUUCUGGCGAAACAAACGAAUCAAAUUGAUAUUAUUAUUUUAUUUUUUCGCGUAUUCGUGCGAACAAGUGAUUCGAGUAGAUGUAACGUCCGACGGAAAGUCGGUGAGUCGCGGCUCGUGAGUGAGUUUUGUGUUCGGCAGCAUUUUGGAGCAUUUGCGAGCAUUUAGGAGUAAUGAGACGAUUGACGGGAAAGUGAUGAAUCGACUAGUAAAUAAAACAACUUGACCGUAAUUCAGAGGACUUGGAACCUCGCGAGGAUGCGGGACCGGCUCUCGUGGUACAUGGUCUUCCUGAUCCUGCCGACAAUCCUCUUGGCCAGAUCGCUCGAUAAAGAUCGGCGGGUACCGUACAACAUACCUUCGGACUGGCGGGCCCUUUGGUUCAGCAAUCUCGACGAGCUGCAGAGAGUGAACGACGCGAACGACAACAACACCGUGUCCAACGUCACGGUGCAGCUGGGCGGCACUGCCUUCCUCCACUGCAAAGUUCGCAAUUUGGCGGAGAGGACCGUAUCCGAUGCCGAGAUAUCGUGGAUUCGGCGGCGUGAUUUUCACGUCUUAACAAGCUCUAUGUUCACGUACACGAACGACGAGCGAUUUCAAGUGCUGCAUCCCGAGGGCUCGGACGAUUGGACCCUCCAAAUAAAAUACGUCCAAGAGAGAGACAACGGGACGUACGAAUGUCAGGUCUCGAGGAGUACAGGGAUACUGUCACACUUCGUCAAUCUAAAUAUAGUGAUACCAGAGGCGUUUAUAUUAGGCAGCGACGAGCAUCACGUCGACGUAGGAUCUAUCAUAAACCUCGUAUGCAUAAUAGAGAAGAGCCCGACGCCGCCGCAAUACGUGUUCUGGUAUCACAAUAACCGGAUGAUAAACUACGACACCACGCGCGGCAGCGUGACCGUACAAACCGAUCCAGGACCAACGCAGAGCCGGCUGACGAUCCGCCAGGCGGUGGAGUCCGACACGGGCAAUUACACGUGCAGCGCCUCCAACACCAAGCCGGCAUCGAUCUUCGUCUUCGUCACUGAAGGUGACAAGAUGGCAGCGAUACAGCGCCGCAAGACGUCGGCAGCGUGGCGGAAUCUGCCGGGGGUGCUGGUGCCGGUGUUGCUCAUCGCAGCGGGGGUCGGUCUGGCGCGAUAAGCGCCACUUCACUUGACGAGAGAGAAAGGGGAAUGUCCAUAACUAUUACACCAUUACUUCCGUUUGUGAUAGAUAGGAUAUUACUCCCGGGACACUUCACAAGGUCUGCCCGCCCACCCACCCGCCCUCUCCUCCCUCUGGUUCACACUGCCAUACCACUCCUGCGUGUCUUGUCCAUCCCCCUCACCGAUCAUUGCUCUAUAGAUAUCCUUCUUCGCCCUCCACUUCGUUCUUCCCGUUCUCCUCGUUUCCUCUUUCGCCUUCCUUCUCCCCCUCGUGCUAUCUUCCUUCUGCCCCUCGCCCUCCUACCUUUUUCCCUGAUUUCCUGAUUUCCAUUCCCGAUUCCUCCUUAUUCCUUAUUUACCUUUAGUCGAGAUUGCCGCCGGCUGGACUACUUAGAUAUGCGAGAUUUUCGUGGCAGAUUGCGCGAUUGCCUGCUCCGGGUCAUUACUCGCGACGCGCAUGCGACUCGAAUUAUGUAAAUACUCGCUGGUAAUCGUAAUCUCCCCGGGUCGAAAUACGUCGCCACGACGAUGCGGAUUAACGCGGCCCAGGCCUGGUCCAAUUUCCGGCUUACGUGGACGCGGCCGGUCAGUUAAGAUCGGCCGAUCGUACGGAUUAAUUUGCUCGAAUUUGCACGGCACGACGAAUCGAUCGUGUUGACGGAGUGUGAUCUCCCAAAAAUCGAGAUGAGACACGUUACAAAAGUAUGCGAAAAUGACGCAGGUCUUUGUUAUUUUUGUUUCAUUUAGAUGUUACGUUUCAGAACAUUUAUAUUAUAUUAGAAACAGUUCAAUUAUUAUUAUUAUUAUUAUUAUUAUUAUUAUUAUUUACAUUUCCAAAACGUUAAUUCAGCCAUGAAUAAUCUGUAUGGUGUAGCAGAGGAUUUGUUAGACUCUGCAGAUGCAUUUGACAUUCAAAUUGUUUUCAUUAUAAAACGUCAUUGAAUAUAUCGAAUAAAUCGAUUAUCAGAGAACUACAUCUGUUAUUAAAAAUCUGAUUGUUAAUAAAAGUUGAAAAGUCCUGCAUCAUUCGAGAGACGAAGCCAAUUGGAUCCUUUACCUUUGAAACCUCCGUGCGAGCUUUGCGUUUUCGAAAUCUGGCAAAUUUCUCCUGGGAUAUGUCAAAUAUGAACGCCGAAACAUGCGUUUGAUCUCGCGCCACACAGUUUCACGUGCGUUUUCAGUUUCUGUGUAAAAAAUUUUCACGAGGUAUCAUCUUUACAACCGCGCAGCCGACUUUGAUGAAAGCGCUGUAAAAGCGAUCUCUUACAAGAGCUCGUGAUAAUUUACGUCGAUAGACAUCAUCAUCAUCACCACGCGGAGAUACGCGUUCAUCGCGCGCAGAGAACAUGCACAAAGCGUGCAUGGGACUUGCAAUCCGCGAGCGAAAAACGAGCGGAUCGUACGGCACUCUCUCACGCUGCAUGUUAUUAGGAAAGCCGUUCUCAUUGAGGCAUCUCGACGGCUGCGUUAUUACCACUAGGAGGUAUACCUCCUCCACAGCAUCCGGAAAAGCGCCGAAAGAGAAACAUCGAAAGCGAAACCGCUUUCUUCCGUCAGAUUAUUACGCGGAGGGAAAGCUCGACGCGCAAUAUUGAACGUCGACAAAUUGUCGUGCGUUCAAUACCGGCGGUAUUCAAGAUGUCUUCAAGGUACAUAAGUACGUUGUGUGUUUUGCACUCGCGCACAAUAUUGCGUGUCUCUCGAAGCGUGUUUCUUUGGGCUACCGAGGAGAACUCCGCGAGAAAGAGAUUUCAUCACGCGGAGCAGUCGAAAGAUCAUGAUCGAUCCACUGGCGCAGCGCACUUUCUAUUAACGUUGGAACAACAAAACUUUUUGCGUUAGUCACGAAUGAGCACGAAGGGCUUCUUUACGCCGGUAGUAACGUAAGUUGGAGGACGCGUCCGUCGUCGAUUACGACUUUAUACUGGACGUUCGGGAAAUUUGCAAAGUCCCGGCGAAGCACGCGGGCGCGCGCAUAUUUUUCGGGCGUUCUACAAAGUCCAACAAGAAAGUCGGACAAGCAGUAUCCGCCGGAAUGUUCAGCAACUGACGCCGUGACGUACGUCGUUUCUUUUCGAGCCGCAUGCAAGCUCCGGCUUUUAAAAUUGCACGCGAACGUCGCAUCGUCGUCCCUCUUGUCAUCUGGCUGAACUGCGCGGAACGAGCGUCUCCUCAAGAGGAGGAGCCUGCUCCCUCUGUCCCUCUCGAUGCAAUUUCUUCCGUUUAUUUCCCGGCUCGUUAUUACGGUCUCUCUGUGCAUGCACGAAGCGGUAAUAACCUGCGCUGUCGAAUGAUAUCAUCUCGAUCAAACUAGCGGUCGCAAAAGGGAUACGCAUGCAAGUCGCGCAGCUCGCGCGAGCUAAGCUCUCUCAUUCGCCCUCGUGAGAUUCGUGCUCGUUCGUGCCUGCGCGAUUACGUCGGGAUUAAUCGAAUUAUCUGUCGAAUCAGUAUACGAGAGGGUAUCGUUAUCGCGCAUGUAAAUACGAUAACUUUGGCCAGAGUUGGACCGACCUGACCCGUAGGUCCACCGAGCGGCGGCGAUGGCGGCGGAAAUGUGUCGGGCACGUACUACGGGGCUUCCCGCCCCCAUCAGCGGCGUUACCCUUUCGAGGGCCCACCGAAAUCAUCAAGUAGAGCAUCGUUUUCUCUCGCCCGAGACACUGUACACACAUGUCGGAUACACGUAGCGAUUAAGGCGAUUAAACGACGAUUCUUUCUGUAUUGUCCUAAUUUUUAAGGCGAGACACGCGUGUGCGUGCAUGUGCGCGCGCGCGCGCGCGCGUGUGUGGGUGUGUGUGUGUGAAGAGAUACAAAACACGUAGAAGAAGUAGAGAUAAAGAGCAGCAUCUCGA